AUGAAAUUCUUAUUCGUGUUGUGCAUCGUUGCGGUUCUGUCCGGCUCGGCGUUAGGUGUGCCUGAGCAGAGCCAUGCUUUGUUAGUGCGCUCACGUCGUGAUCUGUUACAGAACAUAACGCAAUUUAUACAAAAUCUAAUAACAAGACUACAAAAUGCGGGCAAGGAAGCCUUGGAUGCUGUCUCCGCCUUCUCAAACAGUAUCACAAGCGAGGUUCAACAAAUCCGUGAAAAGAUCAUAAACGACAUUGAUAGGUUCAAAAACAGAGUCACCGACGCCAUUGAGAAUGUUUAUAAGAAAUUCUCAGACACCAGUAACGCCUUGAAUGAUUGUGUUGAAACUCACAGGGACGAAGCUGCCGAUGUAUUCAACAACACUGCAUCGCUCGCCAUGGCUUGUGUUGACCAACGUAUAGACGAGAUCGGCGAACUAAUAGAACAGCUGAAAAUUGUUGCCGCUGAGGCUCUGAGAGAAGCGUCCACAGCCGUCAAAGAUAUGAGGCAAUGUGCCAAAGACAGUGUCAACAUUUUGACCACCGGCACAUGCCUCGGCUCAGUUGCUAUGAAUGUUGAAAUGAAAUCCUUUGGCUUAUUUUCUCAAAGCACUGUUUUGAUUGGCCGUAUCAAUCUGUCCAUUGCAAGCUUGCCAGCUUCACUGGAAGUAUGUGCCGGUACUCGCAUUCUCCACACUGGUAUUCAAACUAGCAAGAUUAUCAUCGACCUCGGUACCUGCUCGGCCUCUGCGAUCUUCAAUAAUAUUACCGGUAGUGAAUAA